AUUACGUUGCUUUUUUGUUCAAGAACUAUCAUCCCAGUCUACUUUGGUGAAAUGAAACGCAAGUGUCCUUCAAGACUGCAGUGAAUAGUGGAUGUGUAUCAUUCACUGCAAUGAAACAGAAUCAAGCACCCACUGAGACUUCUACUUUAAAGCAGAGAUGUUCCGUUGGAGCUGUGCAUUCCGCUUGUCUCGGAGCUUGCUCCAGACCCGGUUUCUAAGUACUGAUCCAUUAUUGGACCAAUUCAAAAUAUGCUUAAGCGAGGAUCAGGUCUUUCAACUGGUUGGCAAAAACAAGGCCAGGCUGUCAGUUACGCAUGUGGGGUAUGCCAUCAAUUUGCUGUGGCAGUUUCAGAAGGAGAAACCCAGGAUGCUGAGAACUAUUGGCCAAGUCAGAGGGCAUCCAGAGUUUAUUGCCCUUCGUAUCUUAGCAGAGAAUAAGAUUGAGUUCAUGGAUGACAAAGCCCUGGUGGAAAUAUUGUACAACAUACUCAGGUUCAAUUUGGAAGCCCAUGAUUCCCUAGUGCAACAGCUUGUCAUGGAAGGCUGGAGAAGAUUAGAAAGGUUUAACCUGACAGCACUAUCUAAAUUUGCAGUGUGCCUUGUAGAGCAGCACAUGAAUAUGAGCCCACUAAUGGGACGCAUAGCCAGCAUUGUAGAUGGGACUCUGGAUGAUGUGCAAGAUGCCAGAAUCCUCUCCAGUUUAAUGGUCAGUAUAUAUGGUGUGAUUUCUCCAACACUGCGAGACAGACUGGUGGAUAAAGCAGACUCUCUCGUGGAUACCCUAGAUGUCUCGCACUUCAAUCACCCACGCAGAAUUGUACAGUUUCUUCGGAAUAUGAAAUAUACAUACAGGCCCCUACUUGAGAAAUGUAACAGUGUUUUUCUUCAGAACGUUGGCCAAAUGGACCCAGAAAAUCUCUCUAUUAUAAUUGGGCUGUAUCAGUCCUUACAGUUUAAUAACGCUGAGUUCCGCUUAAUGGCUCGGGCCAGGCUGAUAGAGACGAUGGAUCAAUGCAGUGAUGUGGCGAGCUAUACAAAGUUGUUUGCUGCGCUUGGACCCAUGGCUGGGCAAGACAUUAGAGAAAAGCUUGAAGAGGGCAUCCUGACAAUGGCAGAUGAAAUGAACCCAACUCAGUUAUUGGCCAUCCUGGGAACAAUGGAAGAAAUGGAAUGCAGAAAUACUCUUCUCAUUGCAAAAAUCUCUUCCCUCCUGCAAAAGUAUUUAGAGUCCUAUAGGCCUGUGGAGUUGGCCAGAAUCACCCAAGCAAUAGUGACCCUGCGCUGCCAGACCCCUGAACUAUUUUCAAUGCUUCAGAAGAUUUUAGAACGCCUUUUAAAAUCCAGCUUUAUACCAGCAGAUGUGUCUAUGCUGGCAAGAGUCAUCUCCACAUUGCCCGCUGCCAGAGUCGAUGAAGAAAUUCUCUCUAAGGUGGAUGCCAUUUUGCCACAGUGCAGCCUUAGUGACCUCAGUUCUCUGGCCCUUGCUAUUGUAAAAUGGGUGCGGACUGACCAGCCAUCACGCAGCAGCACCUCGGGGGGGUUAGGGAAUCUGCUGCUUAAGUUAAACACCUGUGGGCGUGAACGCAUCGCAAAAAUUGACAAGAUUGACUUGUUUUUAGAUGAACUUAAAUACACAACUGGGGACUGGCUGGAAGAGGUGCUUCUGAAGGACACCAUAAGCACCUGUGAACGUUUAAUUGAUCAAGUCACAUGGAAAAAUGUGCCAGAAUUUGCACUUUUUAUUACUCGAACCAACUACUUGUGUGCCCAGGUUCUGGACAAAAUAGCAUUGGUAGCAACAGAGGAUAUUACAAAGAUUCAUUACAGCGCAACAUAUGCAACUCUACUUCCCUUUGUUGUUCUGAAUUAUGAUCCCCCCAAUGGAGAAGCAUUCUUUGAUGCCUGUAUCCAGCACUUUCUUCCUCACUUGAAUUCAUUUGAUCCUCACCUCGUGGUGCUGCUGGCGUACUCCCUCGCUCUUGCAGAAUACUUCCCAGAGGAGCUGAUAAAAGCUGUGUUUAAUGUUGAUUUCUUGGGCAGGCUGGAUGCACAGCUGGAAACCUUUUCAAGUGCUUUAAACAUGAGGAUUCGCUUGCGCCUGAUGGAGCUGAAUCGUGCAGUCUGUUUAGAAUGUCCGGAAUUCCAGAUCCCCUGGUUCCAUGAUAGAUACUGUCAGCAACUACAGCACAGAGCUAAUGGCGGGAUAAGUUCAGUGCAGCGCCAGAUUCACCAGCUGCUGGGAGAGAUUCUCGGGGGAAUAAACUAUGCAAAAGUAUCUGUGAUGACACCGUACUACCAUGCCAUAGAUUUUGAAUGCAUUCUGGAUAAAAACAAGAAGCCAAUUCCUUAUUUGGAUCAGAAUGUACUUUCAGCUGACUUGUCAAAAGUGCAGUGGGGAAAUGGUGGUCCAUUACAGGAAACAAAAUCUCUUCCACCCGGAGCUCAAAGAGUGGCUAUUGAAUUUCUGGAUUCCAAGGCAUUCAGCAAAAACUCUUCUAAUAUCAAAGGGGAAUACGUCAUGAAGAAGAGGCACUUGGAAAUACUGGGAUACCAUGUAGUUCAGAUUGCUAGUUUCGAAUGGAACUCAAUGGAACUAUCAACAAAAGAUGCGUGGAUCGAUUACCUAAGGAAACGGAUAUUCGCUGAUGAUGUAUGAUGAUGCAUUAGAUAUAUAUAUAUAUAUAUAUAUAUAUAUAUAUAUGUGUGUAUUUUUUAUUAUAAUAAAAUGUUGUUUCUUGUAA